GGGUACCAACUGAAUCCUCAACUCGCAGAUCUCUCGCGGGGAGAGCAGAAGCAGAGAUGGAGAGGAAGCGUGUGCUCGUCGUCGGGGGCAGCGGCUACCUGGGCCAGCACCUCCUCGCCGCGCUCGCUGCCGGCGGCGAGGUCGACGUCGCCUUCACCCACCACCGCGACACCCCGCCGCAGCCGCUCCUGCACGCGCUCCCCGGGCUUCGCGCCUUCAGAGUAGACCUCCGCUCCGGCGAUGGCCUCCGCGCCGUCUCCGAGUCCUUCGGCCAGGCAUUCAUUUUUUUCGUUUAAAAGCCUAGCUAGAGACAACCGAGGAUCUUAUGAAAACCCAGAGUUUAUAGGUUACUUGCUAAUUUAUGCAUUUGUGGUCUAUAUAGUAACCAGCAAGUGUAGGAAAUUCCUUCUUUUGAUCUUACCAAGUCACUCUCUUGUGGUACCAGUUUACGAGGGAGUAAAAUCCUUCUACAAAGAGGAUGAUGAGACCUUGCCAGUGAACAUGUACGGAAAAUCUAAAGUUGCUGCAGAGAAGUUUAUUAUUGAACAAUGCUCAAACUAUGCAAUCUUGAGAAGCAGUAUUAUUUAUGGGCCACAAACAAUUUCUCCUGUGGCAAAAUCUCUUCCAAUUCAGUGGAUGGAUAGUGUUCUUUCACAAGGCCAACAAGUUCAAUUCUUUAAUGAUGAGUUCCGGUGUCCUGUUUAUGUAAAAGAUAUGGUGGAUGUAGUGUUGUCUUUGACAAAAUCAUGGUUAGCAGAUGGUAAAGCUGUUCAAGUACUCCUGAAUGUCGGUGGACCAGAUAGAGUCUCAAGACUGCAGAUGGCUGAAUCUGUUGCUGAUGUUCGUGGAUAUAGUCAUUCUAUAAUCAAAUCUGUAUCUGCUUCAUCGGUUGACCGGGGUGUAGCUUCUCCACCAGACAUAUCCAUGGAUAUCACCAAACUAACCCAAAUGCUUGGUAUCAAGCCAAUUUCAUUUCAAGAUGGAGUCAGAGCUACACUUGCUGCAGAAGCUAGUACAUGACACUUUGUCUGUUCAUUUUGCCAAGAGAGCUGCUUGGAUUUGUCUGUGAAAGUAUGUGAGAUAAAGAGCCACUUUCAGUUUGUUGAACAGUGGCAAAUCUGUGUUGAGUAUAUGUGAAAGAUGUAACUUUUCGACGGUGUGAAAAAGGAAAUUUUGCGUUCACCCGACAUCAAUAUCAUGUAUUACUGUCUGGUUUUAUACUUCCGAAUAAAAUCAUCAUUCAUUUUGUACUCU